AUGGCACCGUUAAAUCAGCAAGUUUUUAUCGAAGGUAAAUUUCAUGAUUUAGCUAACGAACUGGGUGACUACCUGCAAAUUGGUGAAGAGAUCAAGACGCUUCUCGACUCAAAUCUCAAAGAUGACGCUCUCAAAAAGCUAGUUACUGCCAGUAUUUCACUCAACUCGACGCCCGAGAAAGAAUUCACUGCAGCAUACAAUCUACUGGUGUAUCUUGUUCUUCAGUCUCCAAAUGUCAAUAAAUUUCUACCUAAAAUCUGCGAAAAUUUAUCUAAGCCUAUUAUUUCUUCCCCCACCAACGGUCCCGGUCUUGCUUUGAACGUGCUUACCACGUUAUUUAAUCUACUUCAACCCGAAAAUGAAGUUCGCUUCAAUGUAUUUCAAGCAAUUUUACGUCAUGUCAAAGCUAAUGGUUUUUUCGAACUUUUGAGGCCACAACUAGAAAAACUAGACAUCUGGAUCAAAGAAUGGAAAGUUAACGAGGAGGAUCAGCGUAAACUUUACGCUCAAAUAGCGGAUAUAGCGGAGGAUGCAGGUGAUGAAGAACAGGCUUAUCAGUACAUUCUCAAGGGACUGCGAACUUUUAAUUCUAGAGAUUCAACCGAGAUCUCCUCCGUCGAGUCUCAAAAUCUCUCCAUUCGUGCCCUAAAAGUCGCAAUUCUUUCAGCAACACAAUUUGAUUUUCACAACCUUACGUCACUACCUGCCAUUCAGGCCCUUAGUGAGAGUCAUCCUAUUCACUCUGAACUACUCACUAUCUUUUCCGAGAAAGAACUCGAAGACUACAAUGAAUUCCGAGAAGAACACAAAGGCUGGAUAGAACUUGAAAACCUUGACCACGAAAAACUACAGCGAAAAAUCAGAUUAUUAACAAUGGCCAGUCUUGCUGCAAGAGACAGUACUAGAGAAAUUAAGUACUCGAAAAUUGCUAAAUCCCUCGUCAUCCCCCCUGAAGAUGUUGAAAUGUGGGUUAUCGAUGUAAUUCGAGCCGGAUUAAUUGAAGGCAAAUUAUCGCAACAAAAACAGGUGUUACUAGUCCACCGUACAACCUACAGAGUUUUUGGCGAGAAGCAAUGGCGUGAGAUUGCAACCAAGCUAGAUCAGUGGAAAGAAAGUCUCAAGACUGUCAAGGAGAUGAUUAGCCGCGAGCGCCAGUUAGGGACCACCAUGCCUGUAUCUGUUCACAGUUGA